AUGGACGCCCCGCUGGAGGCCGAGGGGUGCCUGAUGAUGAAGGUGGAGCGGGCCCCCGGGUGGGCCUCGGAGCCUGUGCUGGGAGGCCCGGGGAGCUCCGCCUCGGAGACCUCCCGCCAGUGCUUCCGGCAGUUCUGCUACGCGGACGUGAGCGGCCCCCACGAAGCCUUCAGCAAACUCUGGGAGCUCUGCUGCCGCUGGCUGAAGCCCGAGCUGCGCUCCAAGGAGCAGAUCCUGGAGCUGCUGGUGGUGGAGCAGUUUCUCAGCGUGCUGCCCGACAGGAUCCAGGCGCGGGCGCGGAAGCAGUGCCCGGAGAGCGGCGAGGAGGCGGUGGCCCUGGUGGUCCACCUGGAGAGAGAGGCUGGAAGGCGGAGACAGCCGGUUUGCAGCCCUGUGCAGUCAGAGAAACAAGCCCCACGUGCAGCAGUGUGGGAUGUGGCAGAUUCUCCCCCAGAGACCCAGCCCGGAGUGGUAUCCCGGGAAGAAGCUGGAAGCCUGCACUCAGGACACCAGGAGCAGCCGACCCCAAAGAGAGAGCUGCGGCCCUUACCCAAGAAUGCCUGCCCUACUCCCUGGGUUCCCAUCCCUGAUGAAGAAUGGAACACUAUAGAUCAGGAACUAACAACCACGAAACUUUCUGUUGGGUCUCAGGGACCAGUGAAAGAUGUCCACUUGACGAGAGGUUUUUCCCACAAAAAGAGUGUGCAUCAGAUUCCUGCUCACAGAGACCUCUACCAGGAUAUUAGGGAGGAGAGUGUUGGGAACAUGGUCUCCCUGGGAAGUGCAGUAUCUACUUCUAACAAGAUAGCCCAGGUGGAGCAAAGAAAGGAGCCAUGGACCAUAGGUCUACAUUACUCUAAUAAAAGGAAUAGUCUACGAAGCAACUGCAUCAAGGAAAAGUCAGUUCAUGCUGUUCAGAUUCCUGCAAGGAAGGCAGGGAAGAUGCGGAGAGAGCAGCAACAGUGGGGCUUAGAAGAUGAAAAGAUAGCAGGUGUGCAUUGGAGCUACGAGGAAACGAAGACAUUUCUCGCCAUUCUCAAAGAAUCUCGUUUUUAUGAAACACUUCAGGCUUGUCCCAGAAACAGCCAGGUGUAUGGUGCUGUAGCUGAAUGGCUGCGAGAGUGUGGCUUUCUCCGAACUCCGGAACAGUGCCGGACCAAGUUCAAGAGUCUCCAGAAGAGCUACCGAAAAGUGAGAAACGGCCACAUGCUCGAGCCCUGUGCCUUCUUUGAGGACAUGGACGCAUUGUUGAACCCUGCAGCUCAUGUGUCACCCACUGACAAGCCAGAAGAGACUGUUUCUCUCCCUCGACGAAAGAGAAUUGGUGUCGGUGCUAAAGAACAGAUCAGUCUGACGGAGGAGGAGGAAGCUGCAGAAGAAUCUGAUAGUGAGGAAAUGGGCAUCAAAUUCAUUCGGAAGUCUGAGAUCCGUGGUACCCCCGUCUUGUUUCAGAACCUGAGUGGUGUACACUGGGGCUACGAGGAGACCAAGACUUUUCUUGAUAUCCUCCGGGAGACUCGGUUUUAUGAAGCACUUCAGUCCUGCCAUAGGAAGAGCAAAUUGUAUGGGGUCGUGGCAGAACAGCUGCGGGAGUGUGGAUUCCUCCGGACACCAGAACAGUGCAGGACCAAGUUCAAAAGCCUUCAGAAGAGCUACCGCAAAGUAAAAAAUGGUCACGUGCUAGAAUCCUGUGCUUUCUACAAGGAAAUGGAUGCCCUGAUAAACUCUCGGGCAUCUGUCCCCUCCACCAGCACCCCAGAAGAAGUCGAACCACCUUCAAGGCAAGAAAGAGAGGAUAUUGAGAUUGAACCCCAAGAACCUACAGGCUGGGAACUUGAGGAGUCCUCACAAGAGGAAAUAAUAGAAGAUUCUGGCAGCGAGAGAAUGAGUGAGGAAGAAAUUGAACAAGAGUCAGAAUUCCAGGGACCUCCAGAUCUGCAAAACCCAAAUGAUUUUGAAUUUGGAAGUAAUAUCAAGGAGGAUGAAACACAGGUAAUAUAUAAGGACAUGGAGCAGCACAAGAUGUUGAUAGAAAAAUCUAAAAGAGUUGUUUCCCAGAAUAGUGAUCUAGGUAAAUAUUGUAAAAAAGAACGUAUCUCAGGAACACAAUGGGAAAACCAUCAAGGAAUCAGACAGGGAAAGCCGAUGUCUCAGCCUAGAGAUUUGGGAAAAGCUGUAGUGCAUCAGAGGCCUUUCAUGGGCAAGAGACCCUAUAGACUUCUCAAGUAUGGAGAAAGCUUUGGAAGGAGUACUCGUCUUCUGUGCCGGAUGACCCACCAGAAGGAAAACUCUUAUAAGUGUAGUGUCUGUGGGAAGUGCUUUGGUAGAAACAGGAGCCUCAUCAGACACCAAAGAAUCCACACAGGAGAAAAACCUUUUAAAUGUCUUGACUGUGGAAAAAGCUUUAAUGAUUCCUCAAACUUUGGUGCUCAUCAGAGAAUCCACACAGGAGAGAAGCCCUACAGCUGUGCAGAGUGUGGGAAGUGCUUUAGUCAGAGCUCAAGUCUCAUCAUACAUCAGAGAACCCACACAGGUGAGAAACCCUAUCAGUGUGGAGAGUGUGGGAAAAGCUUCACCAACAGUUCUCAUUUCAGUGCCCACCGCAGGGUCCACACUGGAGAGAGUCCCUACAAAUGCAUGGAUUGUGAAAAGAGUUUCAAUAACUGUACCCGAUUUCGAGAACAUCGGAGAAUGCACACUGGAGAGAAGCCCUAUGGGUAUGUCCACUGUGGCAAACAUUUCAGUAAGGGUUCUGUUCUGACCAAACAUCGGGAAGUCCAUGUGAGAGAAAAGCUCCUACCACAUCCUCCAUCCAUGUAUUCCCCAGAGAACCCACAUAAAGGGAGAACUGACGAUUUCAGAAAGACUUUUUGA